UUUUUUUUUCCUUCCCGUUUUUUAUGCCGUUUGAAUUUUUACAUUUUGAAACUUUUUUGGUCUUUUUUAAUAGUUUCAUGUAUAGUUAGAGUGUUGGUCAAUGGUUUUUGUGGUUUACACUCUUAAGCUAUACAAUGUUCAGAUAUCAACCCCUAUUGCUUUUGAUUCCAAUUCCUCAAAGCUGCAAUCUUUAUUCUAGUCCAUGCCCUUUUAUCAAGAUUGGUUUCUAGGAGUUCUCACAGAUUCUCACCUAAUUAAAACCUCAGUAGAAACAGUUUGUUUCAGAUCAUGAGGUUCAAAGAAGGGAGUAGGGUUGAGGUGCUGAGAAAUAAAAAGGAAGCUUAUGGCUCUUGGUUUCCUGCAAGAACUUUAUCCAAAGUUGGAAACAUGUACACUGUUAGAUAUGAGCUUUGUCUGACAAGCAAAGGGGAGCCUAUGAUAGAGAAAGUGCCUGAAGAAGAUAUUAGGCCAUGCCCUCUGCUUGUGAACGAAGGGGAGAGUUGGGCUGUUGGUGAUAUUGCGGAGGCCUUUGAUCUUUGCUGUUGGAGGGUUGGAAAGAUUGCAAAGAUUUUCAGGGAUAAUUGUUGUGUUGUUAGAUUGUUUGGCUCCAUCCAGCUUAAGAAGUUUCAUGUCUCUGAUCUAAGAGUUCGGCAAGCUUGGCGUAAUAAUAGAUGGAUAUCGCUUGGGAAGGUAUACAUACUGAGCCUGAUGAUUUCAAUCUUUAAUUCCUUUUGUUCCUGCAGUUUAGAUGUGUAGAACUUUUCUUUUGAUAUAUGAUUUUUUUUACCUUUUUAUUGAAUUAGUUCUUUAUGUUUGAUUGUUUGACUGAUUAUUCAGUUUCAUUGAAAGUAAGCUGCUUGUAUUUAUCAUCAAAAUUAUUGUGUUGUUGGACGCCACCAAAAACCGGUGCUUAUCAUAUUUUGUGGAGAACAUGGGAAGAAAAGAUAAUUGCACACGGCUCAUAUCUUAGUCUAUGCAAACAGGCCCACGACGUCGAGCCAUUGAUCGUAAUGAUCUUAUACUCUUAUAUGCGUUCACUGUAUGGUUCUCUAUUCCUUCAAGUUCCUCAUUGUUUUUUCCCUCUCCCUUAUGUCUUGUGUUCCCGGAAGGGGGAGAUAGCAACAUACGUUAACUUAGAGAAUAUCAAGCUUUUCUUCUAGAUUGUCAGGCUUUCCUUAUGCCUGUUUUGAUGCAAACUCCCUUCACACAUUCCUGUCACUAACCAAUUAAGUAUCUUAGAAGCACACAUUUUUGUUAUGACUCAUGCUUGUGGUGCAUACUUUUCUGGAUCUCAUUUAUGCUUGUUAUUUUACAUCCUUUUGACAAAAAUGCAAUCUCCGCUAAUGUUCCUGUGCAAAAAAGUUUCAAUCUGGAAACAAUUGUAUCGUCUAUAGGUACUGGUGAUGUAUACAUUCAAGAUUUAGUCAAUCAUAUGUUCCUGAAUAUUUCACCUUACACAUAUGUGAUCACACUUAUUAGUGAAAGCCAUUAUCUGAUCAUGCUUUUUAGGUGAGAUGAAAAACCAUGAUUAUGAAGAACCAUGAUAACGGGCAACUAACCAAAGUACUGAUGGUUAUGGCAUGGUCUUUUUAUAAUAGACAAAAGAAGAGAGAAGGUGGGGCACGGAGGGGGUUUGUUUUGGUCAAGUUUCAGUUUUAUUAUGGCAGGUUCAAUCUAUUGUUGAGAUUGUAUUCCCUCUUAACCUUCAUUCUCGCGAAUA